AUGCCAACCAGAGGGGUUAGGCUCUGCUACCAGGCGAAAGGCUACAGGAAUCGAACAUCCGACUGUUUCACUCCGCCUGAAUGGUUAUCAGUUUCUUCAUCUGCUGCGGUAAUAUGGAGCGAAUUUUUCAGCGACAACAAUCAAGGAUAUGACGAUGUGUCAAGACUGGGGGAAGCGGCUCACUGGGAUCGAUGGGCUGUAGUGGAUGCGCGGGACGUUGGUGUAUUUGCUCUGGAGCUUAGCCCAGAAGCGAUUGGUCAAUGCACAUCAACGAUGUGGAAAACUCUCGGGCACACCAACGCCGCCAUGGGGUUAACGCUAAUGCGUCCUCAUCCACCAAAUCCACGCCAGAAACUUCACAUCCUCCCCGCACUCGGGUUCCCAUCCGCUGCAUGA